GUUUACAUGUAUUGGUGGUGACUGGUGAGAGCUGCACUCCCUACACCCAUUAUAACUAGCUCCUCUGAGAGCAGCAGGCAGACUGGGUGUGCUGUGAUAGUCCACUGAGAUCUCAUCUCACACACACACUGUACUGAAUGAGCAGGACAGACACCUAGGAUGAGUUAUACUUCUACCCUCCGGAUCCACAUCAAGGACACACCUGGGGGGCAGUCCAGGGGCUCAGAGAAUGGCUGUGGAGGGCAACGCCACAUGGGGAACAAGAAGAUGGUUUUACCUGACGAACGACACAUUGAAAUGCAAAGCCCGACCAGCUUGCAAGUCAAGGAGAAACCUGGGAAAGCAGUUGAUGUAAAGGUGACAGAGAAUCCACCUAACCUCCGAGUGGUGAAGACAUCCGAUAGAUACCUCACGGUCAUGUUUGAGCUGAGCCCACACAGUGGAGGAGGACUAUGUGUACGCCGUGUGGAGUCCCCUGUGCCUAUCCUCACUAAUCCUUAUAAUGCCAACAAGAGACGGGUCAGGGAGGGACGGCUUCCUGCAUUGCUGGAGUUUGAUUCACCGGACUGUGAUCACCAGACCCUGAAGACUGAAGGGGUUAAUGCCUCAUCUGCUACAGGCAGGGAGAUAAAGUCGUCAUACUGGGAGAAGAGAGAAGGGAAGAGGGCACCAUCUAAUGUACUGGCAUCACCCCACAAGAAGAGCAGCAUCUGUCAGUCACCGCCCGCAUCUGCAGACUCAAAGGCCAGCUACACCAGCCCUGUACAAGAUGUGGUUUCGCCGAAGAGAAAACCUCACAGAUCUGGGGACACUCUGAAGAUCCUGAAUGGCAUAUCUCAUCUGGAAGUGAAAAAAGGGGGUCAGGCUGAGCUGCGUUGUGUGAUCCAGGGGACUCCCCCUCUGGCUGCUUCUUGGGUGCGCAACAAGAAACCGAUUAUUGAUGGUUCUCGAAUAGCCAUACAUACAACAGAUCGAGAAAGCUUCUUACUGAUUCGAGAAGUGUGUGAGAACGACAGAGGAAAUUACACCCUCUGUGUACAAGAUCAGACUGGCAGUACACAGCAUCAAACCACAUUGACUGUUGUCGAUCGCCCCUCUCCUCCAGCAGGAAAGCCCCCUAAUCUCAGCCCUGCCUGCCCUCCUCGCCUCACCCUCUCCUGGUUCAGGUCCAUGUUAAUGAUGGUGGCAGUGCUAUUCUGAGCUACAGAGUUGA